UUGGUGUGAUUCGGAGCUUUGACCACUUGGUCACACUUUUGUAAAAGUGCAUCUCAAUAUUUGUCGCCAAUAUUUAUUAUGGUACAAAACUGAAAAAUAAUUGCAAAUAUCGGACCGUGAUGGUUUAAAGGGUGUGACCAAUAUUUUACAACAGAGCUGCCAAACGAAAAUGUGAUGUGAAGCUUUCCAUUGAAAACUAAAGCAAUACAAUUGGAUAAUUCUGGGAAAAGUGACGUAUCUUUGUUGGAUUUGCUGAUAAACAGCUACUCUAAGAGUUAAAACGCUGGGAGACCGCACCCGCACCUCAGACAAAGAAGAGCCCGCUGAAUAAUGCCGAUUUUGUACAGCGUCAUCUCGCGGGGUACGACCCCCCUGGCAAAGUUCGCCGAUUGCGUCGGGAACUUUGGAGAAGUUACGGAGCACAUCAUCGAGCGGAUUGACCUGCGUAACAGCAAGACCACCUACACUCACGGCGACUACCUGAUCCACUACACUUGCGAGAACAAGCUGGUCUAUAUGUGCAUUACUGACAACGAGUUUGACCGGUCGCGGUCUUUUCUCUUUCUCGCGGAUAUAAAGCACCGGUUCAUCCAGACAUACGGCUUGCAGGUGGCGACGGCCAUCGCCUACGCCAUGAACACAGAGUUUUCGAAAGUCCUGGCCCAGCAAAUGGUCUACUUCAGUUCUUCGCGAGAGGUGGACACCAUUUCGAGGGCUCAUGGCCAGAUCGAGGAAUUAAAAGACAUUAUGAUUAAAAAUAUUGACAGUCUGCGAGACCGCGGUGAGAAGCUGGAGCUGCUUGUCAACAAGACCGAAAACUUGAGCAAUAAUUCCGUUGCAUUCCGCAAGGCCUCGCGAAAUUUGGCGAGACAAAUGUUUUGGAAGAACAUUCGCAUCUAUGUGGUGGUUGGUCUGGUGAUAACCUUCAUCAUCUAUGUGAUCGUGAGCAUGGCCUGUGGCGGUCUCCUCUGGCAGUCGUGCGUUUGAACCCGUCUCUUAUUUGUUUAUGUAUUGUUAUAGGCCCAUAACAUAUGUAUAUUUGCAUACAAAACUCUACGGUACCCUCACUAUAUAUGUUAUAUUUAAUAAAUGCGAAAGUAUACAGGAUUAAA